AUGGCUGCAGAAGCCUAUAUCUCAAAGGACCAGAAGUAUUCAUUCCUGCAUGACUCCCAGACCUCCUCCUGCUUCUCAGACUCUAUUCCGACACCCUCCAACAUGGAGGAAACGCAGCAGAAAUCGAACUCAGAGCUGCUCCACAUCUCCCUGCUGCUCAUCGAGUCGUGGCUGGAGCCCGUGUGGUUCCUCAGGAAUAUCUUCACCAACAACCUGGUGUAUGACACCUCGGACAGCGAUGACUAUCACCUCCUAAAGGACUUAGAGGAAGGCAUCCAAACGCUGAUGGGGAGGCUGGAAGACGGCAGCCCCCGGACUGGGCAGAUCUUCAAACAGACCUACAGCAAGUUUGACACAAACUCGCACAACCAUGACGCACUGCUCAAGAACUACGGGCUGCUCCACUGCUUCAGGAAGGACAUGGACAAGGUCGAGACAUUCCUGCGCAUCGUGCAGUGCUGCUCUGUGGAGGGCAGCUGUGGCUUCUAGGUGCCCGCGUGGCAUCCUGUGACCCCUCCCCAGUGCCUCUCCUGGCCCCGGAAGGUGUCACUCCAGUGCUCACCAGCCUUGUCCUAAUAAAAAUUAAGUUGUAUC